CGGGGGCGGGACCGGCCCCGUUAAAGGCGGCGGGGCCGGGGAGGUGCCGCGUCCGCCCGCGCCAUGGCCGAGGCGGCGGCGCAGGAUCUCCUGCUGGCAGCAGCGUUUGUCUCCGAUGCACAGUACAACAGGAAUAUUCCUUUUAAGACCUCUCCGGAGGCUGUCAGGCUUUAUCACCUCUAUAACCACUGGAUGAUGCGAACAGCCACCUACUUCUUCAUCUUCCUCAACCUCUCCCUUGCCCUUUUUGAGGAACCUGCUGUGUAUCCGCUCCCCUUUCUGGCCACAUCAGUGUUGGAGGUGUUGUGCCUUCUGGUGUUCCUUGGUCGACUGACACACUUUGCCAAAGUCACCCUGCACAACGUGUUCUGGAAGGACACCAAGAACAUCUGCAUCAUGGUGGCAAUCCUGUUAUCCCUGACAGACUUGGCCAUAUAUGGGAUCCUCAGGCUGUAUGAUGUGAGGAGCAUCCGAUGGUCAAGGAUUGUGAGGCCCAUCUUCCUCAUCAACUUUGCAGAGAGUCGCCAGAUCCGGAGGGCUUUCCGCAGCAUCCGCAACACGCUGCCAGAGAUCACCUACGUCUUCCUGCUCUUCAUGUUCAGCCUCCUCAUGUUCUCCCUCAUGGCCUUGAAGCUGUUUGGAGAGAGGAAUCUCCAGACAGCAGAAGGCUUGCCCUACUUCAGAAACUACCUGGAGAUUGUGUUUGACCUCUACGUGCUGGUGACAACUGCAAACAGCCCAGAUGUCAUGAUGCCAGCGUUUGACUUCAGCUCCUGGUAUGCCCUGUUCUUCAUUGCCUUUGUCAUUGUCAACACUUACAUCUUCAUGUCUCUCUUCCUGGCUGUGGUCUACAACAACUACAAGAAACACCUGAAGAACGAGAUCCGCAAACUCGCCUACAUGAAGCGCCGCAAGAUGAUCGAGGCCUUCAACCUCCUGAAGGAAGAGGAGGGAGAGCAGUUUGUGGUUCGGGAAGCCCGGUGGAAGCAGCUGGUCAAGCUGGUGGCUCCUGACACCAGCAAUUCCCACCGGGAGCUGCUGCUCCGCAUCUCGGAUGAUGAGCAGAAAGGGUUCAUAGACAAGAAGUCCUUCGUGCAGCUGGCGGACCUGCUCAACAUUCAGGUGGUGACGCUGAAGAUCCGCCAGCACCCCCUGGCGCGCUGGGCGCCGGCCAUGUACGGAUCUGCACCCAGCUGGCUCCUGCGCCGCGUUGUGAGGCACAGGGCUUUUGUUUGGACUUACGAUGCCAUCAUCCUGGUAAAUGCUGUCUUCAUUGCUCUGGAUGAAGAAAGCCCCUACAUUUCCUAUGCAGAGUGGGUGUUCCUUGCUCUGUACAUGAUCGAGAUCCUCCUGAAGGUCUACACUUACGAACCCAGGGAGUUCUUUGGCAAAACCCAGUUCUGGAACUGGUUUGAUACUCUUAUCAUCUUUGCUGCCCUGACUGCAACGAUUCUCAAUGCCACCCUCAAGUCCACCAUGAAGUACAACAGCCAGCAGAUCCUGGACAUUGUGUUCAUCCUAAGAGUCCUCAGGCUGAUCCGGAUUGUUGACAGCAUUCAGCGGUUCCAGGUCAUCAUGAACACCCUGAUAAACAUUGUCCCGACCAUGCUGACUUUUGGUGGGCUCACUCUGGUUGUGUAUUGUGUGUUUGCUAUCAUUGGCAUGGAGAUAUUCCACGGGAAGAUCCAGUCCUUCCCAGCCAAUUCGAAUGCUCCUUACGCCCUGGAAUGUGGGAAUCCAGCUCUCAAGGAUUCCUUGUUUGCCCGUGGGAAGUACUGCAAGAACAACUUCAAUGACUUCGCCUCAUCCUUCAUCGUCCUCAUGGAGCUCACUGUGGUCAACCAGUGGCACGUCUUUGCCAAUGGAUUUGCCAGCGUCACAGCUCAGCCUGCCAAGCUCUACUUCAUCACCUUCCACAUUGUGAUGGUGAUCAUCAUUGUCAAUAUCUUUGUGUCAUUCAUCUUGGAAGCUUUCUUUGUGGAGUACUCCCUGGAGAAGAGUGAUGUGGAAACUGCCAUCGAGCAGAAAAUCCAGGAGCUGGGAGUGGGAGUUCAAGAGGAUGAGCUCCAGCAUGAACAGCUCCUUGACAACUUGGAGAGUGCAGAGCAUGAGUUUGCUGGGGAAGGUGGAACAAAGCCACAGAGCAAAGGGCUGGUGUUCAAAAUUGCCUCCAAACGAUACAGGACAGUGGAUGCUCUGCUCCAGCGCAUGUUCGAGGCAGAGAUACCCCUGGAGGAUGACGGUCCUUCCUUUGAAGAGAUCCUAAACUUGUCCCCCACCUCGGCUGUUCCCAGGAGCCCGAGUUCCGAGAGUGCGGCGUGACGGGCGGAUCAGGGAAUGGAGCCGAUUCCCGGCUGUCCAGGUGCUCCCUGGCUGCUCCCAAGCGUGUGGCCCGGGUUACGUGGUGGGAACAAACAGCUUUGCCCUCUAAAGGAGCUUUAUCUCAUGUAAAGUCUCAUAUAAACGUCUAGAAUGCAGGGAGGAGUCAGAGGAUCCGGCUGUGCCCGGAUAGGGACCGUGCCGUGGGCAGUAUGUUAUGGAAUAACUACUUCUUGUAACUGGAAUUGUAUCGCAGUACUUUUAUAUGCAGCUAUGGACCGCUGUACGCUGAAUGAAGCAGCUCUUCAGUACAAUAAAAUCAGCAGUUUGUAAAAACGA